ACGCUAGAGCCACAGCAGAGGAUGCCAAGCGUUUUGCUCAAGAUGCAUUCUACGAUGCCAAGGAAAAGACCGGUUCUCUCGCUGAUUGGGCUCAACACAAGUUCUCUGAAAAUUGGUCAGAAAAUGAUCUUGGACAAGUGGCUAAUGACAUGAAGUAUAAAGCUGAAGAUGCUGCCUCCAGGGCUACAGAGUCAUUCAAAUCUGCAGCAUCCGGAGCUUCAGAGUAUGCAUCUCAAAGGGUAGCAGAUGCUAGGGAAGCAGUUUCAGGAGCCAUGGGGUAUGGAAGGGAAAACGCUGGCCAGGCUUAUGACGGAGAUGGCGAGAUCAUCAGAAUGCCAACAGAUAGAGAAACUGAUGCACAAAUCAUGAUGCAAGAAGCCAUGGGUAAUGCUAGAGAAAGAAUGGCAGAUACCUAUGAGAAUGCUAAGCAGACGAUGUACUCCGCGUCGGAUAAGGCUUCAACCAUGGCACAAAAUGCUAAAGAUAACAUGGCCGAGUCCAUGAGUUACGGAAGAGAUAGAGCAGCCAAUGCUUAUGAGGAGGGUAAGCAGAAAAUGAACAUGGCUUCGGAUGUGAUGUCAGAAAAAUUGUAUGAUGCCAAGGACUCAAUGGGUGGGGCAGUGGAAUAUGCCAAGGACAAAGCAAACAAUGCUUAUGAUGGAACCAGAGAGAGAAUGAAGAUGGCUUCACAGAGAACCUAUGAUGUAAAGAAUAAAGUAAAAGGAGCAAUGGAGUAUGGAAGAGAUAACGCAGGUGAUGCCUAUGAUGGAGCCAAGGAGCAAAUGAACAUGGUUGGAGAUAGGGCCUAUGAUGCUAGAGACAAGAUGGGUGGGGCAAUGGAAUAUGGAAGACAAAAAAUGGCAGAAACUUUUGACCAAGCUAAGCAAGAAGUUGGUCAGGCAUACCAGUCAGCAAAGGAUACCAUGUCCAGGGAGGCCAAGGAUCGUUACGAAGCUGCCAAGGAGAAAGUUUCAGAUGCCACAGCGAAUCUUGGAGCUUCCAUGAGGAACACCCAAUAUCUAUGAGGGUAUGUUAAGUUCCCUACAUACAAAUAUAAGAAUGUGUCUUUCAGUUAGUCUUUUGUCGUUUUCUGCAAAGCUAUCGAGUACUAUUUUCUUCUUGUAAUGUGUUUGUUUUGUUAAGAGAUGCAAAAGCACUUGUUAAACUCUUUCCUUAUGAAAAUGGGAACACAAGUCAUGUGUUCUUGUCCCUAAUGGUAGGAGAUGUAUUAGUGUAGAUUCACACGGGUUUUGCACUUUGCAGCCCCCACUAUAGGCUAUUUAUCUAGACUGAGAUAAUAUUGUGCAGUUAGUGUAUCCUGACUUUGAUUAUGUUGUUGGGCCCCUUUAUUAACAUGCGUGAUGUGUCAUAUUUGUUAUAAUGAGAGCAUAAUCAUCAUAUGAACGAUGCAUGGUGUUAUUAGAGGCAAUCCCAUCUCCUGUAACUAUGGUUGUAUUAAUUAUAUUGAUUAGUGGUUUUCCAUAAUUUAUUGGUGGUCCACAAUCCACA